UUGUCACAGCAUCAGAACACAAGCCACGCCCCCUUGCUAUUCUCAAGCUGUGCCGAGCACGCAGCAUCAUACUGCACACCUGCCUCCUCCGCUUGCGCAUGGAGUAGGCACAAGAGCAAAACUGUCAGGACAUCCCAACAUCCUAAAACAUUUCCGUCAUCUUAUGAGAAACAAAAUCAGUUUGGCUUAUAGGUCUUCUGGCUGCAGAAUCUUUUCGGCUUUGCGUAGAGACGCAUUCUCUGUUUUGGAUACUGCACGGCUCAGGGGAAGGUGCGAAACUGCGCAUCUGUCAUUCAGCCAACUCAAAGGGUUCCUGAGUGUUUCGACUAUUUAAUCCCAGCAGUCUACUAACCUGCUUUAAGAGCAGUAUCUGCGAUCUGUUUUACGCGCCUGGUAACGCACGGGAACCGUCACAAGAAAGCGAUCGGCUUUAAAACACUUUCCACAUCACACAAUGGCUGAAGCCGGCGCAGAAUGCAACAUCAGGGUGCUGUGCCGUUUUCGCCCUUUGAACCAGUAUGAAAUCCUUCGUGGAGACAAAUUUCUCCCCGUAUUUCAGGGGGAUGACACUGUCAUCAUGGGGGGGAAGUCUUUCGUAUUUGACCGAGUCUUUCCCACCAAUACCACCCAAGAGCAGGUCUACAACAGCUGUGCCAAACAAAUUGUUAAAGAUGUGCUGGAUGGAUACAAUGGUACCAUCUUUGCAUACGGACAAACAUCCUCUGGCAAAACCCACACCAUGGAGGGAAAGCUCCAUGAUCCCGACAACAUGGGCAUUAUUCCGAGGAUCACUGAUGACAUCUUCAACUAUAUCUUUGCCAUGGAUGAAAACUUGGAAUUUCACAUCAAGGUUUCCUAUUUUGAAAUCUACAUGGAUAAAAUUCGGGACCUGCUUGAUGUGAGUAAGACCAACCUGUCAGUACAUGAAGACAAGAACAGGGUCCCAUAUGUCAAGGGUUGUACAGAACGCUUUGUCUCCAGUCCUGAGGAAGUGAUGGAUGUAAUUGAUGAAGGGAAAUCUAACCGCCAUGUAGCUGUUACCAAUAUGAAUGAACACAGCUCCAGAAGUCAUAGCAUCUUCCUCAUAAAUAUCAAACAAGAGCAUGUGGAGACAGAGCAGAAACUCUCUGGCAAGCUCUACCUGGUGGACUUAGCUGGAAGUGAAAAGGUGAGCAAGACAGGUGCAGAAGGGUCUGUCCUGGAUGAGGCCAAAAAUAUCAACAAAUCUCUUUCUGCACUGGGCAAUGUGAUAUCAGCUCUGGCUGAGGGAACGAAGACCCACGUACCUUACCGAGACAGUAAGAUGACCCGAAUUCUCCAGGACUCAUUAGGUGGAAACUGCAGAACCACCAUGUUUAUCUGCUGUUCACCUUCCUCUUACAAUGAAGCUGAGACCAAAUCUACACUCAUGUUUGGACAACGUGCUAAAACCAUAAGGAACUCAGCAUCAGUGAAUCUGGAGCUGACGGCAGAUCAGUACAGGAGGAAGUACGAGAAGGAGAAGGAAAAGAACAAGAGUCUGAAGGAAAGCAUCCUGAGACUGGAGGCUGAACUUAAGCGCUGGCGUAAUGGAGAGGCGGUCCCCGAGGUGGAGCAGGACGGUGUUUGUGUUGUGGAGUCUGAGCUUAGUGAAGAUGCUGCUUUAGAUGACCGAAGCAGUGGUCCAUCCUCAGUUCCCCUCACAGUUACAGAGGAGGAGCUAUGCAAACUUUACAAACAGCUAGAUGACAAGGAUGAUGAGAUUAACUUGCAGAGUCAACUGGUGGAAAAACUGAAGGAGCAGAUGCUGGAUCAGGAGGAGGUUUUGGCAUCAUCACGUGCGGACAGCGAGCGGGUCCAGUGUGAGCUGGGCCACCUUCAGGCUGAGAGUGAGAGUGCUAAAGCAGAAGUUAAGGAGGUUUUGCAGGCUUUGGAGGAACUGGCACUUAGCUAUGACCAGAAGAGUCAUGAGGCCCAAAACAAGAGUAUGGAGAACAAACUGCUCACUCAAGAGCUUGCCCAGAAAAUGACAGAUUUGAUGUGCUUGGAGACUGAAUUCUCGCAGCUGCAGGAAGUGAACAAUCAGCAGAGGAAACGCAUCACUGAGGUUCUAAAUACCCUGCUGAAGGAUUUGAGUGACUUCAGCAUCAUCUUGGGCAGUGGUGAAAUCAGACUGCCACACGAUCUCUCUGGUGUGUUAGAGGGAGAGUAUGCUGUGGUGUGCGUUUACAUUAGUAAGGUAAAGUCAGAGCUGAAGUCCCUAGUAAACCGCUGCAGGCAGCUAGAGAACUUGCAGACAGACAGCCAACGCAAAAUGGAGGAGACUGGGAGAGAACUGUCGUCUUGCCAACUGCUCAUAUCACAGCAUGAGGCAAAAAUCCGCUCUCUGACUGAGUACAUGCAGAAUAUGGAGCUGAAGAAGAGGCAGUUGGAGGAGAACUGCGACUGUCUUGUGACUGAGAUAGCAAGAUUACAGAAUGCAGAGAGCCUUCAAGAAAACCAGCAAGACAGUGAGGAGGCUGGGGAACCUAAGCACCGAGGCAAUCAUCUUGAAUCGCAGCACAAACAACUUGGCCGCCUGCGCGAUGACAUCAACAACAAGCAGAAGAUAAUCGAUGAGCUCACAGAUGAAAAUCAGAGGCUGGUUGUGGAAUUACAACAAUUGCGUGCUGAGUUUGUUAGCUUGAAAAGUCAAGACUGUGAGAAGAGUGCCCGGUUGGAAGAGCUCAAAUAUCUCAAUGAACGCCAUGAGCAGGCUAAACAAGACAUGAAAAGGCUGGAAGAAACUGUUGCUUGUGAGCUCCAGAGCUUGCACAACCUGAGGAAGCUUUUUGUUCAAGACCUCACAACUCGAGUUAAACGAAGCUCUGAAAUGGAACUCGAUGAUAGUGGAGGGUUUUCCACCCAGAAGCAGAAGAUUUCCUUUCUUGAGAACAACUUGGAACAGCUUACAAAAGUACACAAACAGCUGGUGCGUGAUAACGCAGAUCUGCGCUGUGAACUUCCUAAACUGGAGAAGCGUCUUCGUUCUACAGCUGAGCGAGUUCGCGCACUGGAGGGUGCACUGAAAGAAGCCAAAGAAGGAGCCAUGAAAGACCGGCGCCGCUACCAGCACGAAGUUGAGCGUAUUAGAGAGGUCAUGAGAACCAAGAACUUCUUUCAUCGCCCUAAUACUGCAUUGAUUGCCAAACCUGUUCGACCGGGGCACUACCCUGCAUACUCACCAAUCAAUCACACAUUCGUGCGCACCAAUGAUCCAAGAAUUGCAUUUAGCAAUGUAUUGUUUCAGAGAGCCAUUCAACCCCGCAUAAAGAAUAAAUCAAACUAUAUGGACAAAGUUCCUGAGGACAGACACAGCACAGCAAAUGAGUCGCUAAACUGCACUCACAAGCUUAACACUGUCAAUGGGAAUACCACAGACAUCAAUGACAACAGCGUGCCUCUCAGUGACUGUUCAGUGUGUAGCAAUGAUGAGCACUGCAGGGCUCCUCCUGACCAGAUCAAACAGCAACAACCAGUUAUCCAACAGGAGCAAGCAACCAGCUAGUCACUUAGAAAAUGUGCCAAACGAGGUACACAAAACAUACCAGAAGCACAGAGUAUACAGAUAUAACUGAAAUAACUCUCCUAACUUAGUGGUAUUCAGUAGAUAAUAUUCCAUCUAAUACUGAAUCUUGUUCUAACAUUUAGAUAUGUUAUAAUUUAUUGCUAUAAGAGCAUUAAGAACAUCAAUGCUUGUCUCUGUCAUAGAUAACAUGUUGUAAGUCCUUUUCUGUAUACGUGCAUGUUGCCUGCGAAAGGACCUUCACAGAAAAGGCCUCUGCAUUUCUCUGUUCUGUAUACGCAAUAUAUAGCUUUUAAAGUCAACCAGCAGAUGGUGCUGUUUUGUGUUUUGAAGAUCAGCAUUUGCUAUAUAUAGUACACACAAAUACUGUAUGAGAAUCUUGAGAUGAUGUGAGAUGGCAGUGUAAUCAAGUUAGUUGUGUGUAUUUAUGUAUGAUGAUAUAUUGGGAUAUAUCAUGUUAUAUUGGGAUGAAUAGUCACAAACAUAGGCACCAUAUGUAUUGUAGAUCAGGCUGUAGUUGCUUAACUAUCGACUAUUAAAUGAAGAUCUCUCAUUCACUCACUGAACAGGCAUGACUCAACAUGGGCCUUAUGUGUACCUCUCUGUGUGCUUGUAGCUGUGGCUCUCUCCUAAUCAGCCAGUUAGGAUGAGAAAAUAAAGAAGGUCAGAAAUACUACCUGUACAUCCUGAUAAUAAAGAUGGAAUUAAGUGCAUAAACCUCAGAGCUAAUACAAAUGGAUAUUUGUUUUGCGAAGUUACUCUGGUACAAAGUGUUUCACUAAGCUCUGAAAAGUCUAUUCAGUGACCUUCAUCUGAACCCAUCUGAUUCAUAAACAAGAAAUUUGAUUGUGCUUUUUGAAACAUGAAAUUGUUUUUUGACAGAGAUUAACUGAAGUGUUGGAUUUGGGGGGCAGUGAUGGCUGUGGGGGGUGGGGACUACUAAUGUAGUCCAGGCCUAGGGUGUGCAUGCAUAUAAAUUACACAUAUUUUGCUAACUUAGCCUAAUAUACAAUAGUUGGGCAAUAUUUCCUAAUGUAAUGCAGUGGAGAUUUGUAAAAAAAAAUAAAUAAUUUGGAAUCAGGCAGUUGUUUGCAGUUACUAUAUUUUUUAUGGCUUUGUUUUUGUAUUUUUCUUGUGACUAAAAUAUAGUGCACGCUGCGCAACAUGCAUCUGUAGCAGAUAAGAUGGCCUUACUCAGGAAAAUGUGUCAAUAAAAAAUACAUCUCUAAAUGUUA